ACGUAAACAUUGUGACAUACAGUAAGACGCUCAGCUCCACCAUUACAUUUUUUCACCGACGGAAAAUUGAUCACGAAUUUCUGAGCUCCAGAUAUCGCGAUAGGAACGCAAAGAGAAUGUAAUAAACGAUGCGAAAAAUUUCGUGAAUCGUUUUGUACGGUGAUUUUGACGCAUUCACUAUCGUAACUGUUCAAUCAAUUUUGUAACGAAAAUAAAAUCGGGCGCGCCAACAAAAAAAACUUCCCUUGGCACUUUUGCCACUGGUUCACAUUAUUUCUGUAUACCGGAGUGCGACAUUUUCUUUUUUUUUCGAUAGUUUUUGUCGUGGCUUAAAAAUUUUUUCGGCAUUUCUGUCACUUUAUUGGAAGAUUUUACCAACGGAUAUCAUUGAACAAAUUGCCUAACAUUACGAUCCGAAUCGUAUAGGUCGCAAUCAAUAAAAUUAACCGGAGACCCAACAAGAUUCAGUGGAAAAGAUGAUGUUUACGGGAACGAAUCAACAGCAGGACACUCGGUUCAGUGACAAAGAAAAGAAAUUGCUAAAGCAAAUGAAAUUCGGCGAUUGCCUGAACAAACGGGUUGAUAUGUCCAAGGUGAAAUUAGACGUACUACGGCCAUGGAUCAGUAAGAAAAUCACGGACAUUCUGCACAUUGAAGACGAUGUUGUGGUUGAAUUUGUUUACAAUCAAUUGGAAGAGGAAAAGUAUCCCUGUCCGAAGAAAAUGCAGAUCAACAUGACCGGCUUCCUGAACGGUAAAAAUGCGCGCCAAUUCAUGGACGAACUGUGGGCACUGUUGCUGUCCGCUCAAGAAUCAGACAUGGGCAUCCCAUCCGAAUUCAUUCAGCAAAAGAAGGACGAAAUACUGAAACGAGAAGAGGACAAUAAAUUGCUGGAACAGAUGAAACUGGACAAGGAGAACAACGACAUAGACAAGUCCCGAGACCGUGGCAGAAUAUCGACAUCGAAGGAACGGCCAGCGUCUCGAUCCAAAUCCAAAUCAGUGUCACCGGCCGGUGUGCACAACAUUAGCAAAUCGCCGGAAAAACAGGACAAAGAAAUCCCCAGAAACUCAACCGACAAGUCGAAGGUACAAAGAAAGUCUGUCGAUCGUACCGAUCGAUCAAAGGACCGCGUUAAAGGCUCGACGGGCCGAUCACCACGACCAAAAUCUCGUGGACGUUCGGUCGAAAAAUCGAAGGAACAACGGUCGUCAAAAGCACCGUCAAAGGAUAGGAAAGACGUUAAAUCCAAAGAUCGUAAGAAAUCGCCGGACCGUUCCAAAGAGCGUAACGACAAGCCAAGAGACCGGAAGCGAUCGCGUUCCAGACGAAAAUCCAGAGACCGAGAUCGUUCGCCCAAAGACCGGGGAGGAAGGUCUCGCGAUCUUCCGUCUAGAUCAAGGCAACGGUCACUGGACAAGAGUCGAGACACAGAUCGAAGACGUAGCAGCCGGUCUCCGCGACCACGUCGUCGAACGAGGAGUCGCUCCGUUACACCGAAAUCGGAAUCUCGAUAUCGUCGAUCGUCACCUGAUCGCAAGGAUGGUAAGCGCAUAAAAUCGCGAUCGCCAUUGCGCCAACGUAAGCGUUCUCCUUCCGAACAAAAUGGGACGAAAUCGUCGUCGGGUGACAUUACUAAGAUCCAGGCCAAAUUAUUGACCAUGGCCGACAGUAAUGCAGCCAAGUCGACGCGAUCGGUUUCACCAGUUCCGGCGGAUAAGCCUAGCUUAACCAAACGUGAUAAAAGUACUAGUCGGUCAAUAUCUAAGAGUCCAGUCAAAAAGACUCGAAAGCCAUCCCGUUCAACCAGUCGGUCAAGAUCACUUUCAUCGGUCGAUAGGCGUCGAAGUAGUGGCAGACGUAGAUCUUCGAAAGGAAGACGUCGCAAGUCAUCUUCUUCCAGUAGUUCGCGGGCUGAUAGUCGUUCACCGUCUCCCAGACGUGAGAAACUCGAUGACUUCGAGAUCCACAAGACGGAAAACAGCAUCCAGAAGAAGCGUCAGUAUCGGACCAAUAAAGAUUCAUCCCAAAGUGAAUCUCCCGAUCGACAGCCGGCUGCCAAAUCGUCACGUGACAGUGGAUCGAAUCGACGAGGCAACCAGAAUCGGCGCUCGAAUUCACGAUCUCGUGUUCGAGGGAACCGUUCACGGUCACGUCAUCGAUCUCGGUCGCCUAGACAGAGGUCAAGAAGCCCACGACGUGACAACUGGGAAAGGUAUCCAAAACGAGGCUGGUCACCGAAUCGCCGUAAUAGCGGCAGAGGUGGUAACACUGGCUUCAAUCGUGGAGACAACUACCGUCGCAGUCCAUACCGACAGCAGUCGCAGCGAUUCUCACCAGUACGGAAUCGUCGCAGUCUCAGCCGAGAUCGCAACAGUUUCCGUGCGGACAAUCGAAACAAUCGUGACUUUGAUCGCAGUGGUCGGGAAGAUCGCCGGUCACGGGACCGUGAUGUGCGAGACGAGCGUAGAACACGCGAUCGUGAGUUGGAUCGACGAGAUGAUCGCAGAGACGAUCGUCGAUCUAGAGACCGUGCCGUACAGAUGGGUCGACCCGAAAGAUAUUCCGAAGAGCGUCGAGAUCGUGAUGUUAGUCCAGCUCAGCCGGUGGUGCCAGUUGAGCGUUCGGAUGUUCGUGGAAACUUUGAGAAAGAUGAGAGAGACAGGCGACGUGGCGAGAAAGAUCGAGAUGUGCGUAAUCGUAAACAUUCCGUCAGUCCGACGGUAGUUAAACCGAGCAAGCCGGUGGAUGUGAUUGAACUGGAUGCGAAGAAGAGUGUGGAGAAACCAAAAAAAUCGGAAAAAGUCGAAAAGAAGGUGAAGGAAACGAAGAGUCGGGACAAGGCGGACGAAAGCAAUUCAAAGUCGGCGGCUCCAAAGAAAUCGUCGGCGAAGGUCGAGAAGAAGAAGUACCGAUCGGAUCAAUACUCUACGAGUUUGUCGAGAACACCGUCUCCAUUUUUGAAAGCCCACGAACGUGUUCAGCUAGAGGUCUCACAAGUUGCUUCCGUUCAAGUUACGAACAACAAAAGCGAUGGCAAAUCCGCAACGGUGAAUAAAUCUGGCGACGAUAGUACAGCAGCAUCAAUCAAAAAGGCAACAAAGACCGUGUCAACGUCCAAGCAACGAAAGAAGAGUUAUUCAUCCAGUGACAGCAGUUCCAGUUCAUCGGACGAUGACGAUGAUGAUAGUGAUCGACGUAGCAAGCAACGACGACACACCAAAGAUCGUUCGAAGAAAGACUCUUCCAGUGAUUCGAGUGACGACGACGACGAGCCGGUGGAAAAACCAUCGAAAUCAAAGUUCAAUGACCGAACGAAAGUGGAGAACAACAGGAAGCAACAGCCGGCCACCAAGUCUGAUGAACCGAACGAUAGCCGUAAAAGAUCAGCCCCAUCAGCAUCAAACACUGCCCCUGCAAUUCCACCACCGAAACGAUCCAAGCCCAACGAUGUUGUGCCAUCCAAAGAGAAGCAACGCGAAAAGGAAAAGGACCGAAAGCGGGACAAAGGUCGAUCCAAAUCGGCCAGUUCGUCGGACGACGACCGGGAGCAAUUGGCGCGCAAACCACCCACCAAAGCGAAAGCGAAAAAGAAUGCCGACACCUCGUCGUCGGAUUCGGAUGUGACGACAAAGUCGAAGAAAAAGGCGAAGAAGGAGAAAAAAUCGAAAAAGGAUUCCGACGACAGUUCCAGCGAGUCGGACGAUGGGAAAAAGAAGAAACACAAAAAGCACAAGAAACACAACAAGAAGCAUAAGAAGCAUAGGAAACACAAGGACAAGAAGCGCAGUCGCCGGUCGGUGGACAGUUCGAGCAGUGAUGAUGAAGAGAUUACCGUGGUGAACGAUGACUUGGAGAGACAGUUGCGCGAGCGUGCUUUGAAGAGUAUGAAAAAGCGAAACAGCUGUUCCGACUAAAAUGUGAACGAACGGGGAAAUUUAACGGAAAAUCGAACCGGAAGCAGUUUUUCCAAACCGGGAUGUGUGUGUGUGUGUCGCAUGUGGUAUGUUAGGUGUCCCUGUUGAACCCAUUUAAAAUUUAAAACAAAAAAAAACUUUUUUCUUCGUUCCACAUACGUUUUGUUUCGAUUUGAUUUUUGGGGGGAUUGAACUUUUCUUCUUCUUUCUUCGUUUUUCUACAUUAAAUUAAGUAAACCAACAACACACAAAACGGUACGCAUUUUUAUUGUUCCGCAAUUAUAAUGUCGAUGGGUCUGUGAUUUGGAUGGACGUGUCGACAGCAAAGGAAAAUGAAAAAAAAAUGUUUUUUUUUUGAUUGAAAAGCCAAUAAGUGAUUUUGACAGAAAUAAAACAAAAAACUUUGAAAAUUUAAACUGAUUG